AUGGCUUUUCAUUUAAGAAAUUCAAGAAAAUCGCCGCUCUCCGCAUCCACACAGGUCCACAAAUUCCUCGCCGGAGAUGGCGGCCGACUGUCACUCUUCGCCGCCGAAUUACACUCUCUCGUCCACGGACAAGACACGCCGUUACGAUGGCGAGGAGUUCAAAGAGAGCAAGUUGACGUUAGCUCUCUGGCCAUGUAUUUUCUUCUAAAUUAUUUUACUCGUAGCAGCAUCAAUCGUACUCGUUGUCAAAUUCCGUUUGUACUGCCAUACCCCUCUUCACUCCCUCUUAAAAAAUGCCUGCCGGCAAUAAUCCCACACCAAAAUCCCCCACUUUGCUUGAAAAAAAUUAGGCCCUUUUGUAGCGAUGUCAAUUCGGUGCAUACCGAUUCCGAAUUCGAGAGCGACAUCAAAAAUGAAUCAGCUUCCGCCGAAUUCGAGGCCAAUUUGAAGGAGGUGGAAAGAGUAUGCAAGGUGAUCGACGAAAUGUUUGCUCUAGAUAGGAACAUGGAGGCCGUUUUAGACGAAUGUGGGAUCAAUCUGAAUCAUAAAUUGGUGUUGUGUGUGCUGCAGAGAUUCAAUCAUGCUCGAAAACCCGCGUUUCGGUUCUUCCGUUGGGCUGGAGAUAGGCCUGGAUUCUCUCAUGAUUCGACCACUUACAACGCAAUGAUGAACAUUCUUGGAAAGACCAAACAAUUCGAGACAUUGGUUUCUCUCCUCGAAGAAAUGGGAGAGAAGGGUUUGCUCACGAUGGAGACCUUCACCAUCUGCAUCAAAGUCUUCGCCGUUGCAAAGGAGAGGAAAAAGGGAGUUGCCAUUGUCGAUUUGAUGAAGAAAUAUAAUUUCAAGGUUGGAAUAGAGACCGUUAAUUGUUUGCUCGAUGCAUUGGGUAGGGCCAAGCUCGCAAAAGAAGCUCAAACGUUGUUCGAGAAAUUGGAGCACACAUUCGCCCCAAAUCUAAAAACAUACACAAUCUUGAUCAACGGUUGGUGCACGGUCAAGAAUUUAAUGGAAGCCGCUAGAAUUUAG